ACUUCAACAAUGUACAAACGAACAUGAAAUUCGAAUGAAAAUUGAAGAAACGGAAAAAUUCAUAAAGGAUCGGUAUAAGAAUUGUGUGAUAAAUGCAAAGAUAUAUGAUGGACAAUUGGAAUUCAUCACGUAUUUUAAAAAAGAUUGGGUGAAUGAAUUAAUGCAUAUGUGGACAUUUUAUGGCAGGAAAAAAGCGGCAGAUAUACUAGCAAUCGAUGUCAAUGUUAUGCCGUGGACAACGGAUUACCUGGAAGGUUUCAGAAGACAGUUCAAUUCAAAACGUAUACUAAGAUUUCAACGAAAAGGGCACGUUUUACGAUUAGAUGCCUUGGGCGUUAUGUUGGUCAAAUGCAUCACGCCGAUUUGUAAUAUUCAACGCGACCUCUGGAAUAACAUUGAUGAUAUACUGAACAGAAAAUCACAAUCACAAGGGGAAGAAGAAUUUGAAGAAGGCGUCAUAAGAGCUUUGUUUGAUCAUUAUAUCAAUACCAUUGCAUUUGAUGAUUUAGAUCCACGAAAGGAAGAGGAAGCAAAUUUAUUUUUAAUCAAUGAAAAAAUUAAAUUCAUUGAAUUUAAUGGACAAUAUCUUUUCGUUAAAAUUCAAUGCGAUAUAAAGAAUCCAGAAUAUGUUCCCAAUAAUAAAAAUAUGGAUUAUUAUAUUGUUUGUCUUGCACCAUUCAUAAGUUGUCAUUGUUUUAAUUUCCUCCUUCGUGGAGGUGCUUGUUCUCAUAUACGAGCGGCCAUCAAAGUCGUUAAUUGGAUGCGACUAGAACCGAGAACAAGGAUCUAUUUUAAUAAUUUAGAGCACUGGGAAAUGCCUCACAUUCAAUUAGAUUCGCGCAUAGAGGCACUGAAAGGGUUGCACAAGCAAAAUCAUAGGAAGGUAUUUCCGUUUCAAUCAGAUGAUCCUAUAGAUGAUGAGAAUUGCUCCGAUAGUGAAGAUGAGGAUGUUGACCCCUUUGAUCCCCGUAUGAACUUUUUGACAGGGUUUGAUAAAUGGACAUUUGGAGUGGGGACAAGUUCAACGCCCAUUUCAGCACUGACUGAAGGAUCCUCAACACGAAAUCCAAUUGCUAUCAACGAUACAGGUUCAACACA